AUGAAUAUGUUGGAUGAUGAAGAUGACCAAAGCUUUCACGCUACGCGUGACGGCUACUCCCAUUUGAGCGAUGUCGAAUGGGAUGCGGUUGAACGAAUGGGUUCGACCAUGGGCAUCCAUGCUGUUAGCGUCAUGCUAGAGGCUCUCAAUAGAGAUGCCCAACAUGCUACUAUCGCCAAGUUCAUUCAAAAUGAACUUGACGCAGAACGCGAGAAAGUAGCCUUGCUUCACCAACAAGGUUCUCAACAAGCAGAGUUGUUGAGAGAACAGGGUGCUCAACAGUUUGAGCUGUUGAGACAGCAGCAGGCUGCUGCUGGCGGGUCGAUGCACUCGCGUCGACCCGAGACUUUGAUGAUUGACAUCUCCAAGGCGCGUCGCAUCGACGACGGGGAUAUGCAAGUUGCAUUUGCCCAGUCAAAUCUGGCAGGACGUGCCAAGACUUGGGCACUGGGGCUCAAGUUGCACGACCCAUAUGCGUUUGGGUCGUUGGAAGUCUUCAAGUCGCGGCUCAGACAAACGUUUGAACCGCCUAGAGCUGAGUUCAGAGCUCGAACCGAACUCUUGAAGCUCAAGCAGGGUAAGCGUGAUGUGCACGCUUACGCUCAACAUAUACGACAUCUCACGAGUUGUAUAAGUUCCAAUCCGGUGGAUGAACACACGUUGGUUUCGGUGUUCAUGCAGGGUCUUGCGGAUGGUCCCGUCAAGACUCACCUGUUCCGGCUUGAACUAGAUUCACCAGAACAAGCCAUUUCCAUUGCGGAGCAGGAAGACUUCAGUCUGAGACAGGCUCGCGCCAGCUCGACAUCAUAUCGUCAACCGAGACGAUAUGACAACGGAGGUCCAGAGCCGAUGGAACUCUGUUAUGUAGAGAGCGAGAAGGCUCGCUCUACAGGCUACAAGAAGUUGCAGAGAUGCAACAGAUGUCAAAAGACAGGACACUACGCUUACGAGUGUAGUGCCCCUCGUCCAGUGUCUCGCGACACUGGGCGUAGUGACCGUCCACCCAUGAGAAAGGGGCAGGGACGAGGGUCCGCAGUUGGUGCAAAGACGCAACAACGGGAUGGACCGUCAAAAAACGGACAGGAUCAGUAG